CGCGCCUUUUCUGGUCCCUGCGCUCUUGGCUCUCUGUGCGCUUUUACGCACAGUCGCAGCAUGACUCUCCGCUGGCGCUGCUGCGCCCUCGGCGCCUUGCUCGGUCUCCUUCUCCGGUUAGACUCGUGGAGCGGAGCGUCCGGCUUCGAGCUGACUCUGCUCCACACCAACGACGUCCACGCUCGCAUCGAGGAGACCAGCGAGGACUCGUCCAAAUGCCACGAAGCGGGCUCGUGCUUCGCGGGGGUCGCCAGGAUGUUCACCAAAGUGACGGAGAUCCGGAGAAAGGAGACGCACGUGCUGUUUCUGGACGCUGGAGAUCAAUUUCAAGGCACGGUGUGGUUCAACUACUACAAAGGCAAAGAAGCUGCGCAUUUCAUGAACAAACUUGGUUAUGACGUCAUGACCUUUGGGAACCACGAGUUUGAUAAUGGAGUGGACAGUCUCACGCAAAACUUCCUCCAGCGCGUAAACUUCUCCGUAGUGUGUGCCACCAUCAAACCGCUCCACAGUCUGGUUGCAAACAUGAGCCGCUUCUACAGACCCUUUGCUGUUUUUAACGUGGGCUCAGAGAAGGUUGCUGUUGUUGGUUACACCACCAAAGAAACCCCUGUCUUAUCUGCUCCAGGUCCUUAUCUGAAGUUUGAGGAUGAGGUGGAAGCCCUCCAGGAUCAGGUCAACCAGCUAGAGAAGCUGGGUGUGAACAAGAUCAUCGCAUUGGGACACUCUGGCUUUGAAGUGGACAAAGACAUCGCCAAGCGUGUGAGAGGAAUCGAUGUAGUGAUCGGAGGACACACAAACACCUUCCUGUACACAGGAAAGCCUCCUUCUACCGAAGUGCCGAGAGGACCCUAUCCUUUCAAUGUGAGCUCCAACGACGGGAGAUGGGUGCCAGUGGUCCAAGCGUUCGCCUUCGGAAAAUACCUGGGAUACCUGAAGGUGACGUUCGACCAAGCUGGGAAGGUCGUAAAAGCCGUUGGAAACCCCAUCCUGAUGAACAGCAGCAUCCCUCAAGAUCCAGGGAUCUUGUCGGAUGUUGAAAAGUGGAAGAAGGGCUUGGAGCAGUAUUCUUCCCAGUACAUUGGACAAACUUUAGUCUACCUGAAUGGAACGUUUGAAGAGUGUCGAUUUAGGGAAUGUAACCUGGGGAACCUCAUCUGUGAUGCCAUGAUAUACAACUAUAUUAGGUAUUCCAACAAGCUGCAGUGGAAUCACGUGGGUGUUUGUAUGCUGAACAGUGGAUCCAUACGAGCAACAAUCGAUGAACGCAGUACAAACGGCUCCAUCACGAUGGAGGAGAUUCUCAGCGUCUUGCCGUUUGGAGGAACUUUUGACUUAGUGCAGCUGAAAGGAUCUACGCUAAAAAAGGCUUUUGAGCACUCUGUUCACAGAUAUGGAGGGAUGUCUGGAGAAUUUCUUCAAGUGUCAGGUAUCCGUGUGGAGUACGACCUCUCCAAACCCGUCAACCAGCGCGUUGUAUCGCUGUUAAUGCGUUGCACAGAAUGCCGCGUUCCCAAGUUUGAACCGCUGGACCCUCAGAAGACGUACACCGUGGUCAUGACCUCAUUCAUGGUGGGCGGAGGCGAUGGCUAUAGCAUGAUCCAAGAUGAAUUAUUGAAGCAUAACACAGGAAAUUUGGACACUUUGGUUUUUUCCGAAUACAUCAAGGACAUGAGGCGCGUGUACCCUGCAGUGGAAGGCCGCAUCACCUUCAGGAACUCUGCAGCUUUUGCAGCUCACAGCCUGAGCCUGAUGCUGCUGAGUCUGUGUCUUUUCCUGAACCUCUGCAUGUGAUGCAGAACUUUUCUGAUCAACGGAGAAGCUCUACAGGUUCAGCAAAACCUGAACUACAGGUUUGCCAUCGGACUGCUUUUAAAAUAAAAUAAAAAUAUAUCAAAGAAUGUGAAAAAGGAAACCUUAGCAUAACGACAGGGGCGUCUCUAGGUUUUAAGAAUAGGGGGGCUUAGCCCCCAAAAGAUGCACACAAAACGAAAAAGACUUUUCACAAACUCAAAACAAAGAGAUUGAAAUUGCUUUUUAACUGUUUUGGACAAAUUAAACAUACUAGGCCACCAAUAAUUUUGUUUUUUUUUAUUUCACUUUGUUUCACAUUCAGGAAAUGCGUUUGUUACAAACUCAUAAUGGCUGCAUCAUCAUUAUACGUCUGUGCUACACACUUCCUUUGGAUUCACACUGGUCCGUCUGCAGCGCAUGUCUGCUGUGUUGGGGAGGCCGACUCACGACCGUUAGCUAGUUUUUACAGUGUCUUCAUUGCUUCUCCCAUCUGUCUUCCCUGACUUCCAGACCUGUAGUUUGUCCUGCCGCUCUCCGUGUCUCUUUGCUCAUCCAAAACUGUCCUCUCCUUCCUCACUGAGUCCUUGUAAAAUGCAUGUUUGGUGUCAUGAAACAUGAUUUUGUACUUUCAAUAUUAAACUUCUGUCAUCCA